AAUGAAAUUAGUAGCAGUAGAUAAUAGAAGGCCAGAUAUGAAUUUAAUUUAGGUUGGAUGUCCAAUAUUUUUGAAAGAUUUAAUGAUUAAAUAUCCAACUAAAAGACCCUCUUUUUAAGAAGUAUCAUGGGUUAUUAAAAAUAUCAUGAAAUUGAAAAAUUAAUUGGUAGUGGUAGUUUUGCAAAUUUUAACAUUGGAAAAUCAAAGGCUGAUGGUAUUAUUUGAUUCUUUGCACCAAUACAAAAAUAAAGUAAAAUUAUUAACAUAAUACCAAAGUAGCAAUUAAGGCUUUCCUUAAAUAAAUGCUCAUGUUAUCAGAUCUAACUUAAUGGUGAGUAGUAAUAAAUCGAUAAUGAAGUUAAAUUCAUGAAAUAUAUGAAUCGAAAAUAUAUUGAAAUUGGAUGAUGUCUUUGAAAAUAAGGCUCAAAUUUAUCUAAUCACUAAAUUAUGCAGAGGUGGCAACCUUGAGUAAGCAAUUAAAAAACUUGAAGAUCAAUUAUCAUUAUUAACUGUGUAAAGUGAUUUUUCGACAAAUUGUAGAAGGAAUCAAAUAUAU